AUGGACGAGUUAUUGGAAGGCUCGGGUUACGCUGCACAAUGCAGUGCUAUACCAUGGAUGACACGGGAUAGGUUCCCGUGGAAUCUUAAUCCGAUGAUCAAAAAGAUGCACUCUGGGGCGAAGCAGCUGAGCAGAAUAUGUGAUGAGAUCAUCGAAAAACGGCGGGCGGAGCGAGACGCGGGAGAACGAGCGGAAAAGCAUGAUUUGCUGGACAAACUUCUGCAUCUCGAUGAAGUGGACCUGCGAGGGAACCUUAUAACGUUCCUCAUUGCUGGUAGCGACACUACCGCCAUGACUGUCGCCUGGUGUCUCUACUAUUUGGCCCUAUACCCUGGAGUACAGGACAAGGCCAGGGCCGAGGUGGAUGGCCUUGGGCAUGAUCCCGAUACGAUAGAGGAUCUGGACGAGCUAGUUUAUGUCAAGUGUUGUAUACUCGAGGCCCUCAGGUUGCAACCCCCGGGUGUGCUCCUUCUCAAUGAGUGCACUCAUGACACGGAGCUUAAUGGCCACCGAAUCCCUUCCGGGACGAAGGUCACGACCCUUCUUCACAAGGCUAUGAUUACGGAGGCUCAAGGCGGCAAAAACUUCGAUCCCGAGCGUUGGCUCCUUCCUGACGGCUCCUCGAUAGACCAGGCCCGUGUACGUGAUCAUCUAGCAUUUGGUGGAGGGCCUCGUCAAUGCCCUGGACAGAACAUGGCCAUCAAGGAGGCUGUGAAAUUUUGGUUCUAUGUCAUUGAAUUGUCCCGCUGCAAGUAUUAG